AGAUAUUAUAAAAAAUGUUGGUACCUUUAUUAAUACUUCUUGGUAUAGUGGCAUAUCUAUACAAGAAAUGGAGUUAUUCCUACUGGAAACGAAAGAAUCUCUACUACAUAGAACCAGAAUCUUUCUAUGGUAACAUCAAAGACUUAAUGGUGGGAAAAAGUAGUUUGGCAGAUCAGUACAAAUCACUGUAUGAUGAGUUUAAAUCCAAAGGUUUAAGACACGGAGGAUUUUAUGAAAUGUUUGCUCCUGCUUAUAUGCCAAUAGACAUAGAACUUACAAAAAGUAUACUACAAAAGGACUUUCAGAAUUUCAGAAAUCAUGGAGAGUAUACCAAUGAAAAAGUGGAUCCUCUUAGUGGACAUUUGCUGAAUUUGUCGGAUGAUAAAUGGAAAAAUCUUCGAGCUAAACUGACACCUACAUUUACGUCAGGUAAAAUGAAAAUGAUGUUUCCCACAAUGGUAUCCUGUUCAAGUGGCCUUAAGGACCUCCUUAAAGAAUCGGCUGACCUCCAAGAUGUCGUCGAUAUCAAAGAAAUAAUAUCCAGAUUUACCACCGACGUCAUCGGAUCAGCUGCCUUUGGUCUCGACUGCAAUAGUUUGAAGAAUCCAAACUCCGAAUUCAGAACAUUUGGUAGGAACGUUUUCAAAGGAAGCACUUGGCGAAGAAUCAGACGCACUUUGAUCAACACAUUGCCCGAAGGCUUAGUAACUUUCUUCCGCGUAAAACGGACACCAAAAGAAAUUGAAGAGUUCUUUAUGGGUGUAGUAAAUAGUACUGUCAAAUAUAGAGAAGAAAACAAAGUGUUUAGAAAAGACUUUAUGCAUUUACUUCUGCAACUGAAAAACAAAGGAUAUACAACUGAUGAUGAAGACUUUUUAGGUGCUCCAGAUAAAAUCAGUAAAGAUGGUAACUUGUUGACCUUGAAUGAGGUAGCAGCUCAGUGCUUCGUCUUUUUCUUAGCAGGUUUCGAAACUUCUGCUACUACCGUUACUUUUGCCCUAAUGGAGUUGGCGCAAAAUCCAGAUGUGCAAGAAACAUUACGAAAAGAUAUAAAUACUGUUCUGAAGAAACACAAUAAUGAAAUGACUUACGAAGCUAUAAUGAGUAUGAAUUAUUUGGAUCAGGUAGUUAAUGAAACGUUAAGGAAACAUCCUCCGGCAUCGUUGACAGGACGAGUCUGUAACACUGCCUACAAAGUUCCUGGAACAGAUCUCAUAAUCGAGCCUGGAGUUAAAAUUAGAAUCCCAAUUCAGGGAAUUCACAGAGAUCCCGAAUAUUAUCCAGAUCCAGAAAAGUUCGACCCAGAGAGAUUCAGUGAGGAAAAUAAAGCUACAAGACCCAAUUUUACGUUCAUGCCUUUUGGAGAGGGACCACGAAUGUGUAUUGGGGCAAGAUUUGGUUUGCUUCAGGUCAAAGUAGGAUUAGCCACAAUAAUAGGAAACUUUUCAGUAACUUUAAACGAGAAAACACUGACUCCCAUCAAAUAUGAUCCAAAAGCCAUUAUUUCUGGCGUCAAAGGAGAAGUCUGGCUAAAUGUUCGUUCUGUACAUUAAACAGUAUUACAAGACUCAAAUAGUAUUUUUAGGUGACAUAAAAUAGAUAAUAAAUUAAUGUAAUAAAUAGUUUAAAGUAUGUUCAAAUAAAUAGU